GACGCACACACAGGAAACUAUGGGCGGGACAGAUAGUCUGCUUCUGUCGACCAGGAAAUUAAUUAAAUACCACGCGAAUUCCGCCAUGAAAUUGAAUUCAUUGUUGCUCGAACAUUAAAUACGCUGUUCAUAGCUAACGUCCUCGUGGAUCCAGCUCGGUGGUGAGGACGUCCUUGUUUAACUAAACAAGUGAGGUAGAGAUGUUGCAACGUGACCGUCUCCAUGUCGUGGCGCUGAUGCUCACUGCGCUUGCCGCCAUGUUUCAGUGUGUUGGGGUGCUGUUCCCCAACUGGUGGGUGUUGAAGGACAGGUCCAUGAAGAACGUAGUGGCCACGUUCUCACUAUUCGGCCCUGUCAGAUGCAGCGACAAUCUUUGUUUCCCGGAGGAUACUCGAGUAGUGACUGUGCCGGAGGGCAUGACGCCUCCAAUAGCCGUACCAGAUGACAACGCAGCGUGGCUGACGGCGGGGCGGAUCUUGAGUGUCAUUGGCGUGGUCCUCACCCUGGCGCCUAUCGUGCUUCAACUGAUGUUCCUCAAAGUCAGCUACCGGGCUCUACAGCUUGUAGCCAACAGCUUCCUGAUAACUGCAGCUGCCGACAGCUUCAUCACAGGGUUCUUCUUCAUCUUCAAGUUCGGAGCUCUGACAAACGCGUAUGUCACCCAGCGGCCACUGGGGGCGCUGACCUAUACCCCAGCAGCACCCGGAUGUAUAUUAUUCUCGGGUAUCAUCUGCGCCGUUGCUGCGCUUUUCACCACCCUGGCGUUCAAACCACCCCGCAAAGCCAUCAUUCUCACCUGAGUCGGCGCAUCUACUGGAACUGAUGGUGCACACCGCCAUGUACGUCCAUGAGAUUGUCGGGGAAUAACCUGGUAGUGCUUACAAACAUUCUUGUUCUUCCACGUGUUCCAGCGCAAACGGAACAUAGAAGUUGUGCCUUCAUGAGUAUGAUCAUGUCCCAGAGAUUUCGUUUAGACAACUUUAUCGUGGACAUGAUGUCGGCAAAUAAAACAUCACAUCGCAUCA